ACCCUUACCUAAUUCCGCACUUAGGUCUCCACUGUAAAUUGCCGCGCUAGAGUCGACAACGAGUGCCGCAUGACGAAAGGCGCGGCGAAGAUGAACGGAAAAGAGAAAUACAGGCGCGGUAAACGUCGGAGAUCAUCCCAGAAGAAAGAGGAUGCACCCAAGGAGAAGACAGUGAAGGAUCUAUUACCUUCUUCGCCGUCGAAAAACCCAAAGUGGAGAAAGAAAUGCAAAUACGCUCCAGGCCCGAACCGGCCUAGUCUUCUGGAGAAGCUGAGACUUAGGUUAUCUGGUGGACAUUUUCGAAUGCUCAAUGAAAAGCUGUAUACAUGCAGUGGCAAUGAGGCAUUCCACUUCUUCAAGAAGGAGCCAGAACUUUUUGAUGUGUACCAUGCAGGAUAUCAAGAGCAGAUGUCAAGAUGGCCUGAACAACCGAUUAACAUCAUCAUUAAGUGGCUGAAAAGUCGUAGUUCUUCGUUGGUUGUUGCUGAUUUUGGCUGUGGGAAUGCAAGCCUUGCGAGAACCAUAGAAAAUAAAGUUUUCUCUAUUGAUCUUGUCUCAACUGACCCAUCAGUGAUUGCUUGUGACAUGUCUAAUACCCCUUUGGAGUCAAAAUCUGUCGAUGUUGCCGUCUUCUGUCUUUCUCUCAUGGGAAUCAACUACCACAGUUACUUGAAAGAAGCAAAUAGGGUCCUCAAGCCAUGCGGCUGGCUUUUGAUAGCAGAAGUAAGAAGCAGGUUUGAUCCAAACAAUGGAGGUGCUGAUCCAGAUAAAUUCUCUGAAGCUGUAAAGCAGCUUGGCUUCACAUUGAGCUCCAAGGACGUCACAAACAAGAUGUUUGUUCUCUUUUACUUCAAGAAAAGGGAGGGGGCUGCAUCGAUGCAUAAGGCAAUUGAUUGGCCAGAAUUGAAACCAUGCCUUUAUAAGCGGCGUUGAGCAGUGAGGCUUAGGCUUCAUUUGGGACAGUUUUUUUACUGCUUGUUAAAACAACUUCUUAGUAUAAAAAUUAAAAUUCUUAUAUUAAAAAACUGCUUUAAAAACUAA